UUUCCAACAUCUGGUCACACCCGGAGUUCUACCUUUCUUACGCUGCCCGCAUGUGCAUAUAUACGUGCUAGCGUAUUUUAUUUUUUUGGUUUUAUGCACAUGCAAUAUUUAGCAACGUAGAGCAACAGCUGCAGCGCCGGGGAGACAACUUGUGAUUGCGGCCCACUCUGUUCCUAUCGUCAAACGAAAACAUCCCAAUUCGCUAACUUGUUGGAACGGACCAUGAAAACAACCAACCUCGGCCUGUACGCUUUCCGUUUAACCUUCGGUCAGGCACCACAGCUGUCCGCACAGGCAACGUCGCACUGUAGCCAUGGAUUCACAACCAGCUCCUCGGCGCCAAACCGUGUGGUGACGCGGUCUGCAACCAUGCUGGCGCUUUUUGGCAUCGCCCUCUCCUCGUUCAGCCUAAAGCAGCUGCUCGCCAAAAAGCAAAAACACCAGGGCCUGCGCAAGCUCUAGACUGCGGCAGAAUGGGGAUCUAAGCCAAUGUAGAGCGGGAACCGGAAGAAAAAAGAAGAGCCGCUGCGCCAUGUCCUGAAGCCGCAUAUCCGACUAAUUCAUCCACCCACCAUCAUAUGUAUAUUUGCCUAUUUUAAGCCAUUCACUCACCGAAGACACAAUCGGAUCAGGCACGCAGCAGCAGCCGGGCAUGUUCAUUUAUUUUAAUUUGCUUGUUGAUUUUAAGACCCAGGCAGGACAACUUCUCGGGUACAUAGAUGUAUUUUCUUGUUUACACAUGCACACUACUCGCUUGCAGAGCCAACUAAAAGGAAUAAUUUGUGAUAAAUCUUAUAUGAGUGAGCCAAAAUGAUGGCAAGCUAAACAAAUGUCGGAACGAAAGAGGUGCUAAAUUUAUGGAAAUCCCAAAUUAUUAUUAAACUUUUAGUUAUGUAUAGUUUGUGUAUUUGAGUCUAUCAUAUAUGUAUAUUUAGUUACAAAAUUGUAUACCACACAGAGAAACGACAAAGUAGGAAGGGAUAGAAAAAUUAAUGACACCAACGGAUAAAAGAUCGUGGGGCACUCUGCGUGCACUUCGCGUGCAACAGUAUCCAAGAAACAGAUUAGUUCUAGUAAUAUAUUCAAAUAAAAGCAUUAUAUUCAAUUGGAAA